AUGGUGUUCAGGCCUUUCAAACGAUUUGUUCAAAGUGGCAGGGUGGCCUAUGUUAGCAAUGGGCCCAACAAAGGCAAGCUUGUUGGCAUUGUUGAUGUCAUCGACCAGAACAGGGUUUUAGUUGAUGGGCCAGCAGCUAAAAUUCCAAGAGGUCAAAUGUGUUUGAACGAUUUGCACCUCACCAAAUUUAGAUUGAAGAUCCUAUUCACUGGACCUACACGAGUGGUAAGAAAGGCUUGGGAAAGGGAGAAAAUUGAAAAAAAGUGGCAAGUCACUGUGUGGGCCAAAAAAGUAGCUGCCAAAGAAAAGCGAGCUGUCCUUAGCGAUUAUGAUCGCUUUAAAUUGAGAAAAGCGAAACGUGUGAGAAAUGCACUUCGUACAGAAGCUUCCUACGAAUUAAAGAAGGGUACUAAGAAGUUCAAAUCAAAUAAAAAAUUAGCUAAAAAACAAUUGUUUCGUAGAUAUGAAGAUGAUAGUAUAUUAUGCAACGAGUUCGAUGAUUAUCCUGGAGUUUAUUUUUUAUGUGAUUGA